CCAAAGGCACAGCAAAUCUCAGACUCUUUGCUUCCUUUUGUCUCUCGCUCGCAUUUCAUCAAUCACUUGCCGACUUCGAAUCGGGAAAGCAGGGAACGGCAAUUAAAUCGAGCCCAAGUUGGUGUAAACAGAAGCCUCAUCUCAGGAAAUGCAGACUGGGGUCCCACUAAAUGAAGCAUGUAAUCUUCAAGUUCGGAAACUAGAGAUCUCCGACAAAAGCAAAGGGUUUGUAGAGCUACUGCAGCAACUGACGGUUUGCGAUGCUAUCUCCGAUGAGGAUUUCCAAAAGCAGUUCCAAGAGCUCAGCUCUCUAGGCGAUGACCAUGUGAUUUGUGUGAUAGAGGAUACUAGUUGUGGAAAGAUAGUCGCUACUGGAAGUGUGUUCAUCGAGAAGAAGUUUAUAAGGAACUGCGGCAAGGUUGGCCAUAUUGAAGACGUGGUCGUCGAUCGUGAUUCUAGGGGGAUGCAGUUAGGCAAGAAGGUUCUUUCUUUUCUCACUGAUCAUGCCCGAUCUGUGGGUUGCUAUAAGGUGAUUCUUGACUGUAGAAAUGAGAAUAAAGCAUUCUAUGAGAAGUGUGGCUUCAAGCAGAAAGAAAUUUGGAUGGUCAAGUAUUUCAUCUAAGA